GAAGUAAUUGACGAAGGAGGAAAAGAAUACUUCUUACGAGCGAUUCAAGUAUGCAGUCAGGUGUUCAACACGCUCACUGAAAGCAUUCAGGGGCCAUGCGUUGGCAAUCAGAUGACGUUGGCGAAUUCACGUCUCUGGGAUGCCAUCAACGGUUUCUUCUUCCUGUUCGCCCAUAUGAUGGAGAAGUUAUACAAGAACUCCACCCAACUCGAAUUGUUGCGAGAAUUCUUGAAUCUCCAAAAGGAUAUGAUUGUUUUGAUGCUCUCCAUGCUUGAAGGAAAUGUUCUCAAUGGGCCAAUCGGAAAACAAAUGGUUGAUGCGUUGGUCGAAUCACAACCGUCUGUCGAGAAGAUUCUCAAAUUCUCAGACAUGUUCCUGAAGCUGAAAGACCUGACAACAUCGCAAGCAUUCCAGGACUUCGACACCAAUCGAGAUGGAUGGAUCAGUCCAAAGGAAUUCCAGCGUGCCAUGGAAAGUCAGAAGAUGUACACAGACGUGAACAACGACGGCAAAGUGGAUUACAUGGAAUUCACAGAGAGAUUCCAUAAUCCGGCUCGAGAUAUCGGUUUCAAUCUAGCUGUACUGCUAACGAAAUCUCAAAGAACACAUCACGAACGACCCACGACUGGAAAAGAUUAUUGA